GGGGCGAAGGGCUCGCCAGGGAGGGGGACCGCAGAGCCGCGCCCGCCGCGCGGCGCGCCCCUUCCCGCCCCCUGCACCAUGAGCUGGGGCUCCGAGCUCUGGGAUCAAUUUGACAACUUAGAAAAACACACACAGUGGGGAAUUGAUAUUCUCGAGAAAUACAUCAAGUUUGUAAAGGAAAGGACAGAGAUCGAACUCAGCUAUGCCAAGCAGCUCAGGAAUCUUUCGAAGAAAUACCAACCUAAAAAGAACUCAAAGGAGGAAGAAGAAUACAGGUACACAGCAUGCAAGGCCUUCAUUUCCACCCUGAACGAGAUGAACGACUAUGCCGGGCAGCACGAAGUCAUCUCGGAGAACAUGACCUCGCAGAUCACGGUGGAGCUGGCCCGCUACGUGCAGGAGCUGAAGCAGGAGAGGAAAUCGCACUUUCACGACGGACGGAAGGCGCAGCAACACAUAGAGACUUGCUGGAAGCAGCUCGAAUCUAGUAAAAGACGGUUUGAGCGGGAUUGCAAGGAGGCCGACCGCGCACAGCAGUACUUUGAGAAGAUGGACGCCGACAUCAAUGUCACAAAAGCGGAUGUUGAAAAGGCACGACAGCAAGCUCAGCUCCGUCACCAGAUGGCAGAGGACAGCAAAGCCGAUUACUCGUCCAUUCUUCAGAAAUUCAACCAUGAGCAGCACGAAUAUUACUACACGCACAUUCCCAGCAUCUUCCAGAAAAUACAAGAGAUGGAGGAGCGGAGGAUCGUGCGGAUCGGAGAGUCCAUGAAGACGUAUGCCGAGGUCGACCGGCAGGUGACCCCGAUCCUGGGGAAGUGCUUGGACGGCAUCGUCAAGGCCGCUGAGUCGAUUGACCAGAAAAACGAUUCCCAACUGGUCAUCGAGGCCUAUAAGUCGGGGUUCGAGCCUCCCGGUGACAUUGAGUUUGAGGAUUAUACCCAGUCGAUGAAACGCACGGUGUCUGAGAACAGCCUCUCGAAUUCCAGAGGAGAAGGCAAAUCGGAGCUCAAGUUCGGCGGCAAAUCCAAAGGAAAGCUAUGGCCGUUCAUCAAAAAAAAUAAGCUUAUGUUCCUUUUAACAUCCCCCCAUCAGCCCCCCCCUCCUCCCCCUGCCUCUGCCUCACCCUCUGCUGUUCCCAACGGCCCCCAGUCUCCCAAGCAGCAAAAGGAACCCCUCUCCCAUCGCUUCAACGAGUUCAUGACCUCCAAACCCAAAAUCCACUGCUUCAGGAGCCUAAAGCGUGGGCUUUCUCUCAAGCUGGGUGCGUCGCCAGAGGAUUUCAGCAACCUCCCCCCGGAACAGAGAAGGAAAAAGCUACAGCAGAAAGUCGAUGAAUUAAAUAAAGAAAUUCAAAAGGAGAUGGACCAAAGAGAGGCCAUCACGAAAAUGAAAGAUGUUUACUUAAAGAACCCGCAGAUGGGGGACCCCGCGAGCCUGGACCACAAGCUCGCGGAGGUCAGCCACAGCAUCGACAAGCUGCGCCAGGAGGCCCGCAAGUUCGAGGCCUGGCUGGCGGAGGUGGAGGGCCGGCUCCCGGCGCGCGGCGACCAGGCCCGGCGGCAGAGCGGGAUGUACGAGGCGCAGAACCCGCCGGCGGUGGCCAACUGCGCGCAGGACCGCGAGAGCAGCCCCGAUGGCAGUUACACGGAGGAGCAGAGUCAGGAGAGCGAGGUGAAGGUGCUGGCCACGGAUUUCGACGACGAAUUUGACGACGAGGAGCCGCUCCCGGCCAUCGGCACCUGCAAGGCGCUGUACACCUUUGAAGGUCAGAAUGAAGGAACCAUCUCGGUGGCGGAGGGAGAAACGCUGUACGUCAUCGAGGAAGACAAGGGAGACGGGUGGACGCGCAUCCGGAGGAGCGAAGACGAGGAGGGCUACGUCCCCACCUCGUACGUCGAAGUCUAUUUGGACAAAAAUGCCAAAGGUGCUAAGACUUAUAUUUAAUACAACUUUAAAAAAACCUUGGAGUUGUUUCUCCCCACCACUGUGACUGCUACGGGCAGCGCCUGGCCCGGCCGGACGGAGCGCGGGGCGGCCUGGGCCGGCGGGGCGCACGUGGACUCCUGCAUUUUCUUGGCUGCUUUUGACCGUAAUCAAGUUUCACUGGCUGAUGACAUGUUCUCUGGAAGGCUGCCAGCUGCCAAUUCACCACUGUGUCCCUUGCAGUCUGAUAAACCUUUGUUCUUUUGGCAGCAGCCAGAGAUGACAAAAAGCAGAAGUUACCUUCUAGCUCUGAUAUUUCUGACCUUACGAGCACGCACGCCCUAGGGGUGCAGAAGGCGUCGGGGCUCCCUGACGCCAGGAGCUGCCGUAAACCAGCCCCCUUAGACUGUUAGAUUUGGUGACAGAUGCCCGGCGAGGCGGGGGUACUGGUUUUUGCACACCCCCCCCCCGGAGGUGUCAGCCAGGACGGCUGCCCCUUCCGGAGGGAAGGGACCCCAGGGUGUGCUUUGACUUGUCUUGGUAAAGAUCACAGUUAGGGCGCCCUGAAGACCCUAUGACGUCACCCCAACGACCCACGGGGGUCGGGAGAGGGCCAGCCCACCACCCGGUGAUUUUCGAGCGGGACGGGGUGCUGUCCCUGCGCGGGCUGCUGGGCCGGGCCGGUGCUGUAAGCUGACACAAGAGCAGUGCGUGGGGAUGGGGGGGCUGCAGCCGGUGCAGCUGCAUUCAGCGCGCACCUCCCCAGGUGGGGCUAGAAAUUGCCGCCGAGCAUGGAGGCCCCCACACAGCCUGGCCUGCAGAACCCAUGCCACCCGCCACUCUUGGGGGGGUUUUUCAGUCAUCGCCAUGCUCAGGCCCCAGUGUGAGUGCACUGCACGCUGUUGUAGAAAUGCUCACUUAAUUUACAUAAUUAACUGUAAUCAGAAUGAACAAGUUUCACGCUGCUAGGGGUCACCUGGGGGUUUUAAAUUGGGCCUGGCUGCGAGGGGGAGGCGGCGCCGUGCCCACUUCCAGGCCCACGUGAGGGCACACCCAGAGCCGCCCGCGCGGGGAUGAGGGCGUCCGGCCCAGAGGCCCUUAUUUGGCUUGGAAUUCCCCGCGGCCUUCCUGUUUUUCGGUGGACCAGCUCCCGGCCCCUGCGUGUGCACUUCGCACCGGCUGAAGGCCGCGGAGAGCCCAUGUUCGAGGCCGGGGCUCUGGGCCUGGCGGCUGCCACGGAGCUCGCUGCUCCUGCAAGCACAGAGGUUGCUUUCAUUCCUAAGAGUUGCCACCACGGAAUUUAGCGACCGCUACUCAGUGACAGCCUGGUCCCAUCACGGAGGUUCUCGGGGAGCCUCGGAGAGCCCCGCGAUCCAUGCACACACCCCCACACCCCGUCCCUAGUGCCCACCGGACACGUCCCAGGGCAGGAAAAACAUGAGCCCAGUGCUGCUCAGCCAGACUCUUUUCAGUAUCGCUCAGAUUCCUUUUGAAUGAUUCCACCUGGAGCGCCCGGCCCCUCGGCCCGGCCCGGCUCCUGGGGGCUGGUUUCUGUCCUAAGGGCUUGGGGCUAGUCAGCUGACCCGGCGUCAAGGGCCUUUUCCAGCAGCUGCGGCACCUCACAGCUUUAGGCAUGAGCCCAGGCUCAGAGGCCUCAGGUGUCCAGACGCCCCGCCGCUCCCAGACCGUGGGCGACUGAGAAAGCCCAACACUCGCUCCAGCAGCUCAGGGCCUCGGGGGCCAGAGCGCGUGGGCCUCCUGAAAACCCACCCUGCAGAGCAUUCCACGGCAGCCCAGGAAGUGUGUGUUUGUUUGGAGUCGUGCAAAUUGGAGUCCCAAAAUAGCUCCGUGCUGGGGGCAGGGCUGCCUGUGGGAUCCCAGCUGUGGCCAUGACCUUCAGCUGUGUCGGCGCCGCGAGCAGGUGAACCCAGGGACCGCGGCUGAGCAGAGGAUCUGCAGCCUUGGGCCCCUGUGGCGCACGCUGCCGUGUGAGCAGAGAGCACCAAACAACGCCAAAGAUUCAGGAAAUCUCCACGCAGGGGCAAUAGGUCUCCCAAGAGUUAGGGCUUAAAAGAAAAGGAGUCUCUUUUGUCAGGUUACAGAGAUUUCUCCUGUUACUCAGAGAUGCACUUGGGGCUCAGUUGUGUGCAGGUUGAAGCCCUUCCUCGCCCCUUGUUAAGAACCCGAGUGGGCUGGGUGCUGCUCCCGGGUGCUCUGAACUCACAGCAGCUGUUUUAUUUCCAGCAACUGUGUGUGUGUGUGUGUGUGCCUGUGUGUGUGUGUGUGUGUGUGUGUGUGUGUGUGUACGCAAAGCAUGUGUGUUUGUUGCCUACGAUGUGACUAUUUCAUAAUUGCCAAAACAUUUAGACUAGCGUGUAAAUGGUUGACGGGCGGAGCGCCUGUCUUCUUGGAUGGCUUUGUCGUGUGAAGCUGCCUUCCGUGAAGUGUCUGUCACCUCCCGCGCCCGUGCACGUGUCUAUGCUGCCACUGAAAACGAAAAGGAUGACUUGAAUUCGUUGUUUUUAACGUUUUACUCUUUUAUCUGUUUGUUUUAUGGGUGAUUCUGCUGCCUAAUGACCUUUGGGUUUUUGUAACCGCUGGGGAGGCCGGAAGGACCCGGUAGCUGGGGCCCCACGGCUGCUCCACACUUGAGUUUAUUGUAGACACUUGGGUUCUGAGUAAGUCUGUUUGAACGCGGCCAACAAGACUCUGUCUCUCUUCUCUCACCCUAAAAGACAAGACUCUGUCUGGCAUCUUUUAGUUGUACCCUCGUAUCUGCCUCUCUAAUAAACGUGAUGUUUUUCUCAGCGUUGUGCAUUUAAAUGAUUUUUCACCUUUCCAAGAAAAUGACUCUUCUGUCAUGCGAGUUUUAACCUCUCGUCUUCAGUAAUUGGGGGUUUUCUAGCCAAUGCUUUUUAAAACUUCCGCCCUUUCCUGUCUGGAGCGAGGGCACCUCUGUCUCUCCCUGUGUGCACCCCGGGCUCUACGAGUCUGUCUCCCUGGUCCCCGCCCGUCCGGGAUGACGAACUUUCACUGUUUAUUGCCCGCCAGGCCGGGAUGCCAGGCCGGGACGCCCGUCUGCCUCUCGCCAGAGUUGACAUUUUCCGGCCAGAGGCCCGGGAGGGUCCUGAGGAGGGGCCCGGGGAAGCUGGUGGCAUUUUUCUUUCUCUUAAAGGUGGAUUGACUAGAAAGCUGCCUGGGGGUGGGGGCUGCCUCUGCCCUCUUAGCCUGAGGGACUGACAGGAGAGAAAACCGUGAA